ACAUGAGUAAUAUUUGAUGUUAAACAUAUCAUGAACUCUGAUGACUUCACCUUUAAUCUACAAACUGGACUUUGCAUUACAAACUGAGGUCAUCUUUGUUCAAAAGCUCUGCUGUCUGCAAAUAAGUAUCAAAUAUUAUCCUGGCUCACCAAGGACUGGCAGCACAAAUUAUACUCUGGGAAUCAGGUUCAACAACAGUCAGGAAAUGUCCACCACUGCCUCUAUAUUCCUGGCACUUCUCUGCUUCCUGUUACCCCCAUCCACUUCCUGUGGAGGCAGCAAGAUCCUGGUGGUGCCUGUUGAUGGCAGCCACUGGAUCAACAUGAAAAUAAUUCUUGAAGAGCUUCACUCCAGAGGCCAUCAAAUCACAGUUCUACGCUCUGCCAAGAGCUGGUACAUCCCCAGUAACUCCUCCAUUUAUACCUCCAUUAAUGUCCCAAUGUUGGAGGAUGAGGCAGACAGAGACUUUUACAUUACAAUGAUCCAGGAUGUCAUGUAUCGACGAAGCUAUCCCAAUUUUAUACGCACGUUUUAUCAACAGUACUUGCUCACAUCUGCCUUAGGAGAUGGUCAUAUGAUUCUGGCAAAGUCAGCUGGUAAAAUUUUGGAGGAUGUUGUGCUAAUGAAGAGGUUAUGGGAUACUAAGUUUGACUUAGUAUUGACAGACCCAGCACUUCCUGUAGGGGUGAUUCUUGGUGGUUACCUAAAACUGCCAAUGGUCUAUAAUGUCCGCUGGAUCAAUACAGGAGAAGGUCAUCUAACUAUCGCUCCCUCUCCUGUCUCCUAUGUUCCUAUAUCUGGAAGUGAACUUCACGAUCAAAUGGAUUUUCAGGAGAGAAUUAAGAAUAUGUUGCAUUAUCUAUACAGUGUUUAUGAACAGUACUUCAUCAUUAACCCAGCCUACACUGAUCUCUUCCAGAAAUACUUCCCUCCUGGGACUGACUUGUUGUCUUUGGAGCUCUCAGCUGAUAUCUGGCUUUUCAGAGCAGAUUUUGUCUUUGAGUUCCCUCGACCCACCAUGCCCAAUAUGGUUUACGUAGGGGGGUUCCAGUGCAAGGAGGCCCAACCUCUGCCUGAUGAGCUGGAGGCAUUCAUGAAGAGCUCUGGGGAACACGGGGUGGUGAUCAUGUCACUGGGAACAUUGGUGUCAGCUCUGCCUCAUGGGAUCACAGAAGACAUUGCUGCUGCUUUUGCUGAGCUCCCUCAGAAAGUGAUUUGGCGUUUUGAUGGUGAAAAACCUUCAACUUUGGGAAAAAACACCAAGUUGGUGAAAUGGCUUCCCCAGAAUGAUCUCCUGGGACAUCCUAAGACUAAAGUCUUCAUAGCCCAUGGAGGAACCAAUGGCAUGUAUGAGGCCAUCUACCAUGGUGUUCCUGUUCUGGGUUUGCCCCUCCUAUUUGAUCAGUUUGACAACUUACUCCGACUGAAAGUUCGUGGAGCAGCUAGGGUGGUGGAGGUCCGAUCACUGACCAAAGACAAUUUCCUGGAGGCUCUAAAGGACAUCCUGGAGAAUCCGUCUUAUCGUGAAAACAGCCAACGUCUCUCUCAGCUACACCGUGACCGACCAAUGUCUGCAAUGGACACAGCCAUCUUCUGGAUAGAGUACGUCAUCAGGAAUAAAGGAGCUGCCCACCUGCGGUCCACAGGUUUCGGUCUGCCUUGGUAUUCCUACUUCUGCCUGGAUGUAGCAGUCUUUGUAUUGGCCAUAACUGGAACCUCCAUCUGGGGUUUCAUCUUUGUCUGUAGGUUACUCUGCUGCAAGAGGUCCAGCAAGAAGAUCAAACCAGAGUAAUUCAUCUAGAAAUUACUUCCGUUUUUAUGAAUAUACAAUUUUGCUACAGGUUUCUGCUUGUAGCUAAACCAAAAACAACAAGCUGUGCAAUAUACCAACAUUUCUGCCUCAUAUUCAGUGUUGCGUUAAGAGCAUAAAUCUCAUCCAAACUGUAUUUAAAUGUUAUUUCUGGACAUAUGAAUUGAGAAAACUGAAGUGCUUUUGCAACUGAUCUCUUGCUGAAACAAACAUAAGUGUUUUUGCCAUAUUCUUAUUUGUCAAAUCUGAAAUUUUAAAUUCUAAUUGCUUACAAAACAUGUAUUGCGGAAGAUUU